GACUAUCCGACCCUUAUGCCCUGGAGUUAUUUUGGCGUAACCUUAAGAAGUCUUCACUGCAGUUCUCAAGUGGGGGUCCUGCACUCAGGAACAACAGAGAACAAGCCCACUCCGUUUUUAAUCUUUUAAGAAGGAUAUGGAUGGAGUGGAACCUGUUCAGAGGAGGGCAACAAAGAUGGAAAGAGGCCCUAGAACCAAGUCCCACCAGGAAUGGCCCAAGGAGCCAGGCACAUCCAGCCAGGAGGAGAGAUGGAUUUCAGGCUCUUCUGAAACAGAUUCCACCCCCCACCCCAGAUUCUCUAGCAGGAGGAAACGUGUCAGGCAUUAGAAGAAAGUUGUUGGUACACAUAUGGCCUGUUUCCACCCCCACAAACCUCAAUGAAGUGCAACCGAAAGUACCCCAUUGUCCCUUCGGAAUAGCCCUUUGGUGGCGCCGUAACAUUUGGCCAGAGACCAAACAUUUUUACACUUUCGCAGAAAUGGUUGACAUGAGCUGAAAUUGUGGCCUGCAGGAAACAGAAUUAUCUUCUCUCUGUGUCUCCAGUCCUGGGCUGUGCUGCACCAAGAAGGCAGAAUCCAAGUAUGAAAAUGGAGGAGCAGGAGUUGGUGGGCCCCAAGUCAGAGACAGGAUCCAGGAGAGCAGGAGAAACCCCUUGUGUCACCCAAGUGGGGACCCUCAAGCUGUGUUUCAGAGGCUCAGCACCACAGCAUGUCAAACAGGAACCAGAAGAAGGAGUGUCUUCCCAGCGUUGGGAAGCCCAGUGGCAGGAGUUCCUCAAGGCAGUGCAGUCCCCUCCGUCUGGAUGGGGAAACUCAGCACUCCCAGAGUCUGUGCCAUGGGGCGAUACUAAGAUUUCCCUGGUCCCCACCAUGGGUGCUGUCAGCUUAGAGGGACAGUGCCAGAACUUCAGGCAGUUCCACUACCAGGAAGCUGCAGGCCCGUGGGAGGCCUACCGCCAGCUCCAGGAACUUUGUCAUCGGUGGCUGCAGCCGGAAAGACACACCAAGGAGCAGAUCCUGGACUUGGUGAUACUGGAGCAGUUCCUGGCCAUCCUGCCCCAGGAAAUUCACAACUGGGUCAAGGAUCAGGGUUCUGAGAGUUGCUUCCAUGCCGUAGCCCUGGCAGAGGAUUUUCUGCAGAGGCAGCGAGAGGCCGAGCGACAGGGAGAACAGGGACUAGAGGAGCUGUUCCAGGAGAUGCCUGAAAAUUUCCCAGGAGAAGGAGGAGCUCUGCUGGAAACCACUCCUAAACAGCCCUGCAAGGAGGUCAAGCAAGAAAGUGAAGAUGCAGCCAGCUCACUAGGGAUGGAUGAAUGGCACAGUGAAAGUGAGGGGGAUCUAUGUCAAGUAUCAUCAGAAGAAAUCAAGCAUCACAUAACAGAAGGAAGAGACAGGAAUCUAGACAGGAACCAGCAGGAGAGAAGCACAAUAGAGGAAUGGCAGAAUAAAUCCAUCACUUGUCAAGGCGGUGACUUUUGUGAAAUUGUAGUCCAGCCAAGAAUGCACAACAGGAAGAGAAGGAAUAAAUGUUCCGUUUGUGGGAAGAUGUUCAGAGAUGAAGCAUACCUUAAUAAGCAUCAGAGAACCCACACAGGGGAGAAGCCAUAUGAAUGCUCAGCCUGUGGGAAGAGCUUUCGCUGGAGCUCAGACCUUCACAGGCACCAGAGGACGCACACAGGAGAAAAACCGUACAAAUGCUCGGAUUGUGGGAAGAGUUUCCGUCGGAGCUCCAACCUUCAUCGGCAUCAGAGAACCCACACUGGAGAGAAAUCAUACGAAUGCUCUGACUGCAGCAAAAGUUUCCGCUGCAGCUCAAGCCUGAUUAGCCACAGGCGAACGCAUACUGGAGAAAAACCAUACGAAUGUUCAGACUGUGGGAAAAGCUUUCGCCUGAGUUCAAACCUAAUUAGCCACAAGAGAACUCACACUGGAGAGAAACCAUAUGAAUGCCCCAACUGUGAGAAAUGUUUCCGUCGUAGCUCACACCUUAAUACCCAUAAGAGAAUCCACACAGGGCAGAAACCAUAUAAAUGCUCAGAUUGUGCCAAAACUUUUUCUGAUCGAUCUAAUCUUCUGAGCCAUUUGAGAAUACACACUGGUCAGAAACCAUAUACAUGUUCAGGCUGUACCAAAACCUUUUCCAAUAAAUCCAAUCUUCUAAGCCACCAGAGAAUCCACUCUGGAGAGAAACCAUACAAAUGCUUAGACUGUGGGAAAAGCUUCAGUGUGUGCCAGUAUCUGACUCGGCACCAGAGAAGGCACACCACAGAGAAACUGUAUGAGUGCUCAGACUGUGGGAAAAGAUUCAGUCAGAGUCAGUAUCUCAUUCGGCAUCAGAAACAUUCACAUAGGAGAAAAAGCAUGUGACCGUUCAAAGCGUGCAUGUGUGAAGAAUUCUACAAAAUGUGCACCUUAAUCGCCAUGAAACAAAUCAGACAGGAUGGGGGCCAUAGCCUUAUUCAGACAUUGUGUUGUAUGUGCAUUCAGGUGUGUGUGCACAUGUACAUGUUUUUGUGUGGAUGACUGAACAUGUGUUCAUUUUAAAAGUGAACCUGGGUACAGGUCCCUCAAAUGCAGAGUACAGAUAGGACAUGUACUACUCUAUGUGUGUUGAACAUAAGGUGUGAAUAGCAGUGCUUGCAUAGAGAUCUGUAGAUGCAUACAUUGUGCACAGCCCUGUUCAAACAGUAUGUUGUACAUGUAUACAGGUGUCUGUACAUGUGUACAUGUUUUUGUGUGGAUAGCCUUACAUGUAAACCUGGUUACAGGCUCUCUCAAAGGCCGGUUAUAGAUAGGGAGUCUACUACUGUAUAUGUGUUGAACACAAUAGGUGGAUAACUACAGGUGCACAAAUCUGUACAUGCAUACACUGCACACAGAUUGGGCAUUGAGCAUAACAUAUGAAUAGGGAUCCUACAAAUGCUUAAAUUGUGGGAGGAGAUUAACUUGGAGCAGACAUUUCAAUAGCCAUCAAAGAACCUUCGCAGAAGAGAACCGUAUAAAUCAGUAGGCUUGUUCACACACUUGAAAGCUUGUUAGGAGAAGCAUUCUACCCAGUUUCAGAAAGUAUGUGUGCUCUCGUUUUGUGGCUGUGUGCAAGGGGGAAUACAAGGUAGGAGGCACCAGCAGUGAUCGUCAGCUAGCCCUCCUGCUGGAUGGGGCUCUGUCCUACCCAGCAGCUGUACCCAGCUGCAGAAUGAGGUAGGAGGGAAAGCCCUCCUCUCCAGCGAAAGGCUAGCUGGUGAUCACUGCCAGUACCCCCUACAAUGUUUUUCUCUCACACACAAUCAUAAGAACAGCCUGCUGGAUCAGGCCAAGGCCCAUCUAGGAACAUAGGAAGCUGCCAUAUACUGAGUCAGACCUUUGGUCUAUCUAGCUCAGUAUUGUCUUCACAGACUGGCAGCGGCUUCUCCAAGGUUACAGGCAGGAAUCUCUCUCAGCCCUAUCUUGGAGAAGCCAGGGAGGGAGCUUGGAACCUUCUGCUCUUCCCAGAGCAGCUCCAUCCCCUAAGGGGAAUAUCUUACAGUGCUCACACUUCUAGUCUCCUGUUCUAAUGCAACCAGGGCAGACCCUGCUUAGCUAGGGGGACAAGUCAUGCUUGCUAACACAAGACCAGCAUCCUGUUUCACACAGUGGCGCACCAGAUGCUUCUGGGAAGCCCACAGGCCAGAGAUGAGGGCAUCCCUUCUCUCCUGCUGUUGCUCCCCUGCAACUGGUAUUUAGAGGCAUCUUGCCUCUGAGGCUGGAGGUGGCCCACAGCCACCAGACUAGUAACCAUUGAUAGAUCUGUCCCCCAUAAAUUUAUCUAAACUCCUCUUAAAGCCACCCAGGCUGUUAGCUGUCACCACUUCUUGUGGCAGAUAAUUCCAUAGGUAAAUUAUGCACUGUGUGAAAAAGUAGUUCCUUUUGUCGGUCCUAAAUUUCUUGGCAAUAAGUUUCAUGAGAUGACCCCUGGUUCUAGUGUUAUGCAAGAGGGAGAAAAAUUUAUCUCUCAACUUUCUCCACACCAUGCAUGAUUUUAUAGACCUCUUUUACAAAACAGGAGCAUACACUGGGUUGGAUGCUUCUCCUAACUCAGUUUUCAGUGGUGUGGACGAGCUGGUGUUUCCCUUUUCUGCCUGGGAUACAGGGCUUGUUUGCCCGUUUUGUCUCAUGCAACUAAAGCUUCCUAGCAGGGAGUUCAGAGCCUUCCGUCUUCUCUGCCUGUAAAUGCAGCUGGUCAGAGGGUGACUUCAGGGGUCUCAAACUGCAGCCCUCCAGCUGCUGUUGGCCUACAACUCCCAUCAUCCCUGGCUACUGGUCAUUGUGGCUGGGAAUAAUGGGAGUGGUAGUCAACUGGUUAUGCUGGUUUAUGACUGUAAUAAAGAUUGAUUGAUUGGUUGGUUGGUUGGUUGGUUGGUUGUAGUCAACUGGACUACAAUCGGAGGGCUGCCGUUUGAAUCCCCUGUGCUAAGCAAGCGGAAGUGGCCUGCCUUCCACAUGACCCCAUUUGCCUCAUUGGACAGUGGUGAGGGCAGAUAGCUGGAUUCAUGCUUCAACUUUAGUUGCAGCUGAUCCUUUAAUGCAGAAGUGGGCAGAAGUUGGAUCAGGACCUACCUGGGUGAUUUGCAAUAGAUGAGCAAAAGUUUCUGGCGUCCACUAGUUCAGCAAUAUCAAGAAACAUUACAAUUUGUUUACAAACUAUUAUUUGCCAUGGCUUGUGCUAAUUUCUUGUCUCUCAGCCUCCUCGUCUCUAACAGGAUGGGUUGCCUUUGACUAGACGUUUGUUCAGCUCUGCUAGCCAGUUUUAGAGUGUUGUGUUAAAA